UUUGACACGCCGCUGAGUCGUGAAGUGGUUCGGAGUUGCAAAGUGUGGGUUUUUUUGAGUCAGGGUUUUGCUUUGAUGACUGUCGAUGAAGCAGUGAGCCCUAGUUGUUCCUCGUGGAGUAGGGAACAGGACAAGGCGUUCGAGAAUGCCCUGGCUACUCACUUCGAGGACUCCUCGGAUUGGUGGGAGAAGGUAGCCUCCGACGUACCGGGCAAAACCCUAGAGGAAAUUAAGCUUCAUUAUGAGCUUCUGGUUGAAGAUGUCGAUAAGAUAGAGUCUGGCCGCGUGCAUCUGCCUUCCUACAAUUCUUCUUCCUCGGAUGGCUCCACGAGUAACUUAGGGGAGGAGGAGAACGGGAAGAAGGGCGGCGGGUUGGGGAACGCGAACGGCGAGUCAAACCAGGGAGGCACUAACACAUUAGAAUAUCUAAGAGAAUUAUUAUCGCGAUCAAUCUCCAAGUACUACAAGCCAUAA